AUGAAGUUACUUGGUUGGAUGCAUCGCAGGUUAAGGCCUAGUGAAGGACUCAAGGAUUUUGCCAUUGGGUGGAACUACGGUUCCAACCCAAACAAACCCGAUGCUAAAUCGGGUUGGCUUGGUUUGGUUUUGGUUCCAGUGCAUGAUUGGUUCUGUCCUGCACCCAAAAACCUGGGACUGAUCAUGAUUGAGAAGCCAUCAGUGGAUGAGCAGCAGUACGACAUGAAGGCAAACUAUGGUACUAAGACCUUAGGCAAAUCACAGAGAUACAACCAUCUUCGAAAAUCAUUUGCCAUAGAAGAAGAUGACUUUGAAGAAGAUUCAUCAGCUGUGAUUUCUCAGCUCUUCCAUGGCUUCCUUACCAUUGGUACUCUUGGUUCAGACACAGUCAUCGCUGACCCAUCAUCAACACCAACAUUCUCCAUCUCUGUUGAGAACAUAACUGAAAAAGAAACAGAAGUAACAGAGCAUGAUUUGAAGCUGAUUAAUGAUGAGUUGGAGAAGGUGCUAGGAGUUGAAGGUAAAGAAGAUGGUUGCAAUGACUCAUCUGGGGAGAAACAGUCAUGUUAG